ACGCAGAAGGGAACAGAGGUAGUUGUUUCUGUGUCACGGAUUGACAAGACACUCCGUGGUUAUGAUCUGACGAUAGUUGAAUACCUUGGAUUUUGUAAGCCGGUGCCUGAUCAGGACAAUCAAUAGCGCGUCCGCCCUGACGCGUUCAUUUCGGGCCUCCAAGCUCAUGGCAACAUGUACUCCACUUUGAGUCCCUAUAUAUCACCUUUGAAAGUGAGACGCACAUCGAUAUGGCGGAGAAAGCAAUACGUAUCCUUCUUGUGCGCCUCGGGCUAUUUUUCGAAAGAUAUUAUACGCGUUCGACCCGUUGAAAACCAAUCAGCUGCUUCGACACGAUCCUACUUCUCGUUUCUCAACCCUGAAGCUGUCGCGAACUCGCUCGAACUGCGACAUGCAAAUUGCAUUGUUCCGUCUAGUCUGAAAAUACCAUGGGUUACAUCAUUCCCUGCCUCGCUGCAAUCCAAGUACUGGGCGGAAGCGGAAGAGGCUGCGAGAGAUUUGCUACGAGCAAUCUUUGUCGCACCGUCACGCAAUGUAUCUGAGAAGUACAUCGAAGCUGUGAUCGACGCGGCUGUCUCAUUCACUGUGAAUGUUGUCCCAACAGGAAGCUUAUCGAGAACGAGAGCACUGGCGAGGGCGUAUACGCUCGUCUUCAUACAUGAUGAUGCUUUCGACGCAACCAUUCCGAAUAUGUAUAACAAUAAUGAGCGACAUUCUCACACCGCAUUUGACAUGGUAGCCCAAGAAGUCAUGUCUGAGGACACUGCGCAAGGCAGGAGAUUUUUGGACGGUAUGAUAUCGUGGGGAUCCCUGCCACAGACGAUACAACCCAGCAAAGCCUUCCCAACACUCAUGAACUACGUGGAGUACCGGAUAGAAGAUGUGGGAGCUGACCUCGUCUUUCGCAGCGUGGAAUUUGCAUCGGAUAUCUCUGUUACAGAUCACGACGAACAAGCUCUUGAACGCCUGAGUUCCCUCUGCGCGAAACAUUGUGCAUUGUCCAACGAUCUAUAUUCGUAUCCUAAGGAAGUCAUUGCCGAAAAGGAGAACGGAGAAACUCUUCUUAACGCUGUCAAGGUCGUCCAGGGUUUGAUGAAUGUUUCCUCUUCGUUGGCCAAGACAAUCCUUCGCGGUAUUAUAUUGGAUACCGAGCGGCAGAUAGGCGAGGAAUAUGAGUCUCUGGUCAACGCGAAGUGUACGACAACAUCACAGCUGGUCUACGCUCGGGGAUUGAUCAUCGCUGUAGCAGGGAACAUGUUCUUCUCGGCUACGAGCUACCGUUAUGCCAAAGCCGUCGACGGAUCUAGGCUGGUAUAAAUAGUAAUAUAAAACGUUGUGC